AUGGCUCACAGCGAGAUUGAUCAGUUGGCCAUCAACACCAUCCGCCUGCUUGCGGCCGAUGCCACCUUCAACAGCAAUUCGGGACACCCCGGUGCUCCCAUGGGCAUGGCACCGAUUGCCCAUGUGCUAUUCAACAAAUUCAUGAGAUUCAACCCAAAGAAUCCCAAAUGGUUAAAUCGGGAUCGAUUCGUUCUUUCCAAUGGCCACGCCUGCAUGCUGCAAUAUGCUGUGCUGCACCUUUUCGGCUAUGACGUGACCAUUCAAGAUCUCAAGGACUUCAGAACAGUCGACAGCAAAACUCCUGGCCACCCCGAGGCCCAUGAUACCCCCGGAAUCGAGGUCACCACUGGUCCACUUGGCCAGGGUAUCUGCAACGCCGUUGGCUUGGCUAUGGCUCAAGCUCACACUGCCGCCACCUUCAACAAGCCCGGAUUUGAUGUUGUUGACAACUACACUUACUGCUUUCUCGGUGAUGGUUGCUUGAUGGAAGGCGUCUCGAGCGAAGCCUGCUCUCUGGCUGGUCAUCUUCAGCUAGGCAACCUCAUCGCCGUGUGGGAUGACAACCAAAUUUCCAUCGAUGGCAGCACAAACUGCGCCUUCACUGAAGACGUCGUCAAGCGAUACGAGGCCUACGGCUGGCACGUCGAGCACGUUCAGGAUGGUAACACGGAUCUUGCCGGCAUGGAAGCUGCUCUCAAGCGGUGCCAGCAGGUCAAGGACAAGCCCUCUUUGAUCAAGCUCACAACCACCAUCGGAUUUGGCUCCCUGCAAGAGGGCACCCACGGUGUCCACGGCUCUCCCCUCAAGGCUGAUGACAUUAAGCAGCUCAAGGAGAAGUGGAACUUUCCUCAGGAGCCCUUUUACGUUCCCAAAGAGGUUUACGAGCUCUAUGGCAAGCACUCCUCUGAGGGUGCCGUCCUGGAAGAGAAGUGGAACCAGCUGGUGUCCAAGUAUGCUGAGAGCUUCCCCAAGGAGUACGCCGACCUCCAGCGACGUCUGAAGGGAGAUCUUCCCCAGGGCUGGGAGAAGAACUUGCCCGUGUAUACGCCUUCAGACUCCGCUGUGGCUUCCCGUAAGCUUUCUGAGACCGUUUUGAGCAAGAUCGAGUCUUCCAUCCCAGAACUCUUUGGCGGGUCUGCGGACUUGACUGGCUCCAACCUGACGCGCUGGAAGUCUGCAGUUGACUUCCAGCCCGAAGCCACUGGGCUCGGCAACUACGCUGGCCGGUAUGUGCGGUAUGGAGUUCGUGAACACGCCAUGGGUGCCAUCAUGAACGGCCUUGCCGCCUAUGGCACCAUUCUCCCCUAUGGGGGCACUUUUCUCAACUUUGUCUCGUACGCUGCAGGUGCUGUCCGUCUGUCCGCCCUGUCCGGCGUGCGCCUCAUCUGGGUUGCUACCCACGAUUCCAUCGGUCUGGGAGAAGACGGCCCUACUCACCAGCCUAUCGAGACCCUGGCUCAUUUCCGUGCUCUCCCCAAUUGCAUGGUUUGGCGUCCAGCUGACGGCAACGAGACCAGUGCGGCCUACUACGUUGCUCUGACUUCCAAGCACACCCCCUCCAUCUUGGCUCUCUCCCGACAGAACCUGCCUCAGCUCGAGGGUUCCACCGUCGACAAGGCUUCAAAGGGUGGUUAUGUCCUUCGUGAAGUCCCCGGCGCCAACAUUACCCUCGUCUCCACUGGUUCCGAGGUCUCCAUUUGCCUGGAGGCUGCCAAGUACCUUGGGGAUAACCAUGGCAUCAAGGCUCGUAUUGUUUCUAUUCCCUGCUUUGAGGUCUUUGAUGCCCAAACCAAGGAGUACAGACUCUCCGUCCUGCCCGACGGCGUCCCCUCUCUGUCUGUCGAAGUCAUGAGCACAAUGGGUUGGGAGCGGUACACUCACGAGCAGUUUGGUCUCAACCGAUUCGGUGCCUCUGGUGCCUACAAGGAUGUCUACAAGAAAUUUGAGUUCACACCCGAGGGCGUUGCCAAGCGCGCUGUUGCCACGGUCGAUUUCUGGAAAGAUGUCCCCCAUGUUCGCUCGCCCGUCAACCGGGCUUUCCAGCAACUGAUUUAA